CCGCCAUGUAACUUGAGGAAGUCGAUAGCCUCACUUCCAGCUGUACACAUGAUGCCAUCUUCUCUUUGGUCUCCUUGGCUUGUUACAUAGCCAACUUCAACACCACAUUAUGUCUGGCCAUGGGCAUCUGAAUUGUCCGGCUCAAUACCGACUUCGGAGAAAGAACCAAGCGAAGAUAAAUACCUGGCAAAUAGCCAUCACCUUCAGCUGUCAAGUCAUCCCUCAGUAUCCUUCAUCAUCUCUCUCCAUCCUGUCCCAAAAGGCAACCUUCAGCCACAACCAUGAAGCUCACCACCCUCGUCCUCCUCGCCACUGGCGCUCUCGCCCUUCCCAACCCUAUCCCUGCCCCUGAGGCCGCUCCUGAGGUCGUCAACAUCACCGAGCGCGACAUCGAGCCCCGCGCUGCAUACUGGACUUGGACCCCCUACAACGGCGCGUCCUCCUGCACCGGCACCCCCACAGCAGGCGGCGUGGUGGGCUACUCCAGCUCCCCCUGCCGCAACCAAUACGGUGCCAUCUCCCGCGUCAAGAUCACGUCCGACUUCUGCACCGUCACCGCCUACAACAGCCCCAACUGCCCCAGCCGCGAGUUCGGUACCACCUACGGCUAUGGCACCAACAUUUGCGCUGGCGGAGUGGCAUAUCAGAGCUUCAAGGUCAACUGCGUUUGAGAGAUAGACAGAUGGCAAACCGUAAUGAUAGCACAUGAUAGAUGGAACGUUCAUAUCCAACUCAAAUACCCAACUAUUUACCAUUCGUA